AACGGACCCAUAGUGAGGUGGGAGAUGAAUAUAAGCCCAUCGUCUGUGAAUAAUGCUAUCAGUGACUUCGCGACUCGACGGUCUCGCAUACAGUAAAACGUGGUGUAAGCGGAAACGUGGAAACACAUCAUGCUGAAGACGGUUUCUCUCCUCUGCGCCAUAUUGGCGUGCGGUAACGCGGUUGUUCUCAGCGGCUACAAUGGCCAUGGCCUGUCCUAUAGCGAUUACACCGAUGUCGCUGAUGAAUACGUAGGAUCCGAUGGAUACGUCGGAUACAAAGUUCUGCCGACAGUCGCCGUCCCGGUGCACGCGGUGUCCGCCGCACCCUUACACGUGGACGCAUCCCUGGAUCAUGGCUAUAAACACGUCGAGCAGGAACACGAUUACUACUCGCAUCCGAGAUACUCGUUCAAUUACGGAGUGCACGAUCCUCACACUGGCGAUGUGAAGACGCAGCACGAGGUGCGAGACGGCGACGUCGUCCACGGCUCGUACAGCGUCAACGAGCCCGAUGGAAGCGUGCGUAUCGUCGAAUACACGGCGGAUGAUCACAACGGUUUCAAUGCCGUCGUGAAGAAGGUAGGACCGGCGAUACACCCGAAGCCGGUGCCGAUUGUCAAGUACGUUUCGCCCGCGCACUAUAACAGCUACGACUACGAGAAGCAUUAUUAGCGGCACGGUCGCUAUAAUGUGUAAAUAGCGUCGAAAUAAUCAGUCUGCUAGUCAAUGCGACAGCGAACUUUGUUUUCAAUUGGGCUACGUUUAAUUAGGUUACUGGACAUUGUGGUUGACGAUAGCAAAAAAAAAAAAAAGAAAAUUUUGGUUCGUCUAUUUUUAGACAUAAAAAAUUUUUUAAAGGUGUCGUCGAGGAUUACGUGUUUUUGAUAAAAACUGCGAUAAGUAUUUACAUAAUUUAUAUAAUUGAGAUUAUGAUGAAAAAUAUCGAUCUUUCUGCUGAUACAAUAUUUCAUCUUGCCUUGUGUCAAAUGUAGUCUUGUCUUAGUUCUUAAUCUUAUUAUCCGACAGUCUAAUUCGAGAAAUGCCUGAUUGCAUUUAAUUACGCCAACGCGCGUAAUCCGAUUAUUUCUACGGAUAACUGAAAUCUAGUUCUCUAUCUAUUUAUUUUAUAUUCCAUCAGAAACUUGCACAAAGGCAUUUUGCAUCCCUUGAAAAGAGAAUUAUUUGGUAUUAAAAUCGAAUUAAAACCGCGCAUGUCUAAGGUAUUGAUUUAUAUUUACGAUGACACUACGACGUAACAACAUAAAUUUCACCUAUCCUCAAGACGCCCCUUUUGCGUUCAAUCUUAGGUAUAUCGUACAACCGAAAUAUAUAGAUAUAUAGUAUCACAAGUAAUUUAUAUAGAAACCCGAGGAAAAAUGGACUUAUGUGAUUAUAUAAAAUCAUAUAUGGCCAUAUAUGAUCUUAUGACUAUUUUUUCUCGGGAAGGAUAAAUGAUUUUCUAUCUUAUAUUUGAAAAUGUUUACAAUCCAUGUGCAAUAAUGUAUAGUGAUUUGAAUUUCAAAUUAGAGUUGAAUUUUAAGUUUAUUCCACAGAACUGAAAAGUUUAAAAUAAAAAAUUAAAUUAAAAUAAAUUAAAAUAAAGCAAAAAAGAAAAAUUAAAUAUAUACAUCCAGAAAUUAUACAGGCAACAUGAUCAGCAGAUCAUAAAAUGGAUUUUCUUAAAAGUGCGAAAAAUAGUUGUUAAGUUUUUUUUUGUAACUCCACAUACGCAUAAAAAAUAUGUCAUAUAAUAAACUUAAAGAGAAAAGAAAACUUGUAUAAAAAAUUGAUGAUAAUAAUAAUGAUGAUACAAUUAUGUAAAAUUGAUUUGCAUUGAAAUGAAAAUAGAUAUACAAUGAAUUUUAUAUUCUCGCGUUUAAUCUAACUUUAUUUCUAUUCACGACGCAGAAUAUCACAAUCGAGAUUAUUUUUCAUCGGAUAUUGAAUUUCCGACCUAGCUUGCUGUCAUUCAACUUCUAUUCAAUGAAGAGGAACUUGACGAUAAGGAGGUAAUAUGUGAUUUUUCAAAGAAAAAUGAAAUGUAAACAGUAUUGUUUUUCUAAUAACGUCUAAGUUGUUUCUUCAAUAAUGUGUAAAUAGCUUUAUUUCUCUCUCCAAUAACUACUAAUAUAUCAUUAAAAAGUUUUCAAAGGAACGAGAAGAGACAUGCUAAUUGUAAUAAAUCUCAAAAAAGAUUA